AUGAGAAGAUUUUUGCUGAUUUUUGUAGUUAUUUUUCUAGUCUGCGUAGCUUCGGCGGAUAUUCAGUGAGUCGUUUUUUUUUUGAAAAUGAAAAAUCCACGCUCAAUUUUUUUGUAGAAUUUCACGUCAAAAACGUCAAUGGGGAUUCGGCUAUCCGUUAUUCGGUGGAAUCGGGAAUACGUGGGAAUCGCCUGGAAAUCUACCGUACUCUUGGGGCUAUAAUGCGGGUGGUAAAUAGAUAUUUGAUCUAAAUACCUGAAAACUUUUUUUUGAUUUGAUUUGUCGAAUGAAAUAAUUUUUUAUCAAUGCCAACUGGUUUUUGUGAACUUUGAAUAAAAAACAAAACAAAAAUCUUUUUGGCGAAUAAAUUUGUAUUGGGGCUAUAAAAAACGCUGAAAACUUUUUUUUGAGCAAAAAAAAAUGAAAAAUCUUCAAAUUUUCCUAGCAUUUCUGGUGAUUUUGCUGGUUGCUGCUGAAAAUGCGGAUAAAAAUUUCGAGCAUCCCAAAAAUUUGGGAUGGAAGGCGCCGGAAGGGUGAGUGGAAUGCCACGUGGCAAUUUUCCCGGAACUCCCGCCAAAUCUUUCCAGACAUCGUGAAAAACGCUACGGUGGUUGGGGUGGCGGAUAUUAUCCGUAUUACGGUGGUGGAUACGGUGGUGGCUACCCAUACAGUUACGGUAACUACGGUGGAAGUUCCUGGGGAACUUAUUCGAGCUAUCAAGCUGGUGGAUUUAGCCGAUAUAGUAGUGGAGGAUGGGGUUGGGGAAAAUGA